CCGAAGAAAAAUCCAAGCGAAUUCGUGGCUGUUGGCCGACGGGUGCCUGCGUUUAUAUCGUUCCCAUGUUUUCUCGAUAAAUAAUGACGAAUGCGUACACCUUUGAUGGCCUGGUGGUUUUUGGACUCUUGGUGAUUUGCACCUGCGCUUAUAUGCGCAGAGUUCCCCGGCUGAAGCAGUGGUUUCUGUCAGAGAAGAAGGGAUUUUGGGGCGUGUUUUACAAAGCAUCCGUCAUAGGCACAAGACUGCACUUCUUCGUCUCUCUGAGCUGCGUCCUGGCUGGCUGUUACCUGCUCUUCAUUAAGUGAUCAACGAGGAAUUGACUGCCAAGAAGAUGCUUCUCUUUUGCCCAACCUGCUCCAACAUCCUCAUCGUGCAGGACAGCGGCAGCUGCUAUCGGUUUGCUUGCAACACAUGCCCGUACGUACACAACAUCAUGCAGAAGAUGUCAAACCGCAAGUACCCACGGCUCAAGGAUGUUGAUGAUGUGCUCGGAGGCGCAGCUGCAUGGGAGAAUGUGGAUUCAACCGAAGAAAAAUGCCCCAAGUGCAGCCACGAACGUGCCUAUUUCAUGCAGAUUCAGACACGGUCGGCCGAUGAGCCCAUGACUACGUUCUACAAGUGCUGCAGCCCCCAGUGUGGGCAUCAGUGGAGAGACUGACCACCUUCUGUUUCUCUUUUCCUUAUGAAAGGCUGCGGGCAUGCAGCAGCAAUCGGGUUUUUCUACGGUGCGUUUUGCUUGGAAAACAAAAUGAACAUCACACACUUAUGUGUACAAAUGCAUGCUUUUCAAACACAAAAGAUUGGGUGUUAUAUAUUGUUGAAUCCUAUUGUACCGUAAAAAUAGAUUUGUGUUGCAGUUCCCUUCUCCUUUGAAGCGAUGUAACUUUACUUUGGUUUGUACGAUGUUACUGUAAAUAAAAUUUACGAGAAAGUACCCCUUUGCCUUUGGCAGACAA